AUGUUCGAGGAUAGAGAUGUACCGGAAAUGCCUGGCAUUUUACAGCCAGAUAAUGUUGCUUUUGAUUUAAAACAAACAGUUGCUCAAAUGCUUGGGCUCAAAAGAUUUGAUCGUUUCCCAGGAAGUCAGCCCGUUAGUUUUGAGCGGAAGCAUAUCGCGGAAAGAUUAAUGAAGCAUGAUUACUAUGUAUGUGAGAAGUCUGAUGGGUUAAGAUGUCUAAUGUUAAUAUUGGCUGACAGCUUUGAUGGAAGAGUUGAGGAGGGAGUAUUUUUAAUCAAUAGAUCUUAUGAGUUUUAUCGUGUGCCAAACAUUCAUUUUCCAAUAAGCAAACGAAAUUUAAUUCAGCCUCAUAAUGGAACUCUAGUUGAUGGAGAAUUAGUAUUGGAUAAAAGGCCAGACGGCACGAAAGAAUUGAGAUAUUUAGUAUUUGAUUUGCUAACAGUGAAUGGGACUUCAUACACUUCAAGACCAACAGACCGAAGAUUGGCUCAUAUUAAUGAUUUGAUCGAACCAUACUAUGAAUACCGAAAACAAUAUCCAGAAGAAAGUGCGGGAUUUGCUUUCAAAGUUACCCCAAAGAAGAUGUCUACAUGCUCAAAAAUCCCAAGAAUAUUGGAUUCCUUGCCUCAUUUGCCACAUAUUUCUGAUGGGUUAGUUUUCACUUGUUGUGAAACCCCAUACGUGUUUGAAACUGAUUCUACUUUAUUGAAAUGGAAACCUGCCGAAGAGAAUACUAUUGAUUUCAGAAUUGAAUUGAAGUUUAAGUUAUAUAAAGAUGAAAUAGAGGAAUAUUAUGAUUACGAUUCAAAGCCAAAAAUCGAACUACAUGUCUGGAAAGGUGACAGAAAUUAUGAUUACUUUGGUGACUUAAGUAUAACAGAUCACGAAUGGGAAGAGUUGAAGAAAUUGGAACAACCUUUGAAUUUGAGAGUUGCAGAAGUUAAGAAAAAUAAUAAUGGGGAUUGGAAUAUUCUUAGAUUUAGAGAUGACAAGGAACAUGGAAACCAUUAUACUGUGGUGAGGAAGAUUCUACAAUCUAUUGGUGACGGUGUUUCUAGUAAAGAGCUAGUUCAAACCUGCCCAGAAAUCGAAAGACUGUGGAUCAGGCGUGCUGCUGAAAGAAAACAAAUGGCAAUGGCAAAGCAGGGACAUAGAGCACCACCUCCACAACAAAACCAUGUGUCAAACAAUAGAUCAAAUAGUGAAUCUGAUGAAAUAGCAUCCAGAAAACGAGCUGCUGCAAAUAUCCUACCAACUUAUGAUUUUGAAGAUGAUGACGAUGACGAUGAUGUGGAUGAAGUUGAUGUGAAGAGACGGAAGGGUUGA